UGGCAUGUUAGCUUCAGAACAUUUAGUGGCUCAGAGGAGUCCGACCCCAUCCAGGACCUGAGGAGACUCCGUGAGCUGUGCCGUCUGUGGCUGAGGCCGGAUCUCCACACCAAGGAGCAGAUUAUGGACAAGCUGGUGCUGGAGCAGUUCAUGACCUGCAUGCCCCUGGGCUGCCAGGUCUUGGCCAGGGAGACUGGCGUGGAGACUUGCAGAGAUCUGGAGGACCUGCUAAGAGAGGACAGAAAACCUAAGAAAUGGACCGUAGUCCACAUACGGGGUAAGAACUUUCUUGUGCGAGACCCAGAAGUUCAGAUGGCUGAAGCCGGGGUCAGUGACACAGACGACGAGAGAGAACUAUUCAGGGAGCCCCAGUCUCCCAUGAAUGGCGUCCGUCCAGAAAACGGCCAGCAGGAAGAGAAAGUUCUCCUGCCAGAGACCAUUCCUGGAUCAGGUGAUCUGGAGGGUCUGACGCCCAAGCAGAACGUGGAGAAGGACAUGGUGGAAGACAGGAAAGAGACAGGAGCCCUGCAGCCUCAGCCUGAGCUCCAGGAGGGUCCUGAGGGAGAGGUUUCCACUCGGAGUGCACACAGAGGAGGCCCUCGGAGGAGUCUGGGACGUUAUAAGCGAAAACGGGCCAACAGUCCCACUCGCCCAGAUGUGCGUCAAGAAGGAGCCCCAUCUGUGGACACAGCAGGUGUCUCGGGACAACUUGGGUCCCGUUCCUUCCGUGCGCCCAGCACGGUGGGGCCGCGCAGCCGUCCUGAGGGAGACGCAGCCCCGGCGCGCACACCGUAUGAAUGCAGGGUGUGCAAGAAAAGGUUUCAGUAUGAAUCUCAGUUCACCCUUCACCAGAGGACACACACGAGAGAGAGGCCCUUUCGAUGCAACGUCUGUGCCAAGGGCUUCAUGCAGCCUUCAGACCUGCGAGUUCACCAGCGAGUCCACACGGGCGAGAAGCCAUACUGCUGUGACCUCUGCCCCAAGAGGUUCACCCACGACUCCACGCUGCGUGCUCACAAGAGGGUCCACACCAGGGAGAAGCCCUUCCAGUGUGAGCACUGCGACAAAGCCUUCAGCCACAGGGGGAACCUCAACGUUCACCGGCGCACCCACUCUGGACUGAAGCCCUACGUGUGUCCCGAGUGUCACGGCGCCUUCCGUCAGCUGGGAACCUUCAAACGCCACCAGAAGACACAUUUCAGGAUGACUCGCCAAUGAUUCUGCCCACAGGUCCACGUCCCUUCUGCUCCAAGAAGGAGAUUCUGGAUGACCGGUCACCUACACGAUCCAAAUGGUGGGUGACACGUUAAGAACUCCAGGAGGAUCUGGAGCACAAUGGGGGCUCCACCCUCGUGGACGAUGAGGGUCCCUGAGUGAUGACUUGCCUUUC